AUGUCAACCAUUCCGAGCUCACCUGAUUACGAUGAGACAAAUGUUCCAUCGGAUGUUUCCCUUAGAGCGCAGUCCGAUACGGAGCAACCAUCAUGGCAUAUACGACUUUCCAAUAUUUCCACAAAAUCCAGGGCCGCCCAAUUGACUGCGAAUACGUUGGCAUAUCCUCUCUACGUUCCUGAAACUCGUGCUUUGGAGUAA